AUGCCCAACUUCUCUACAUGCUUGACUUUGGAGGGACGCGUUGUGAAGGAUUGUGAUAGGCUGGUUGAAAUUGACCCAUCCAUUACCAUGCUGCGGCAUUUGAAGCACUUGGAAAUUAAGGGCUGUAUUGGUUUGAGGGUGCUUAAAGGAGCUCCCACAACGCUCAAUCUAGGCAUGGUACGUCAAUCAUGGCUAGAUUCAUUGGGUAAUCUAAAGUGUCUAUCAAUGCUAAGGAUGGAAAAUCUGGAACUCCUUGAACUUCCGGAUUCAAUAGGGGAGAUAGCCGGUCUUCAAGUAUUGUCUUUGCAUGAUUCAUUGGUAAAUAAACUUCCAGAGUCAAUUGAGAAAUUGAAAUCUCUAGUCAAGUUGAGCAUAUCUUCCACAAACAUUAUAGAACUGCCUGAUUCGAUUGGAGAGCUUAAGAGAUUGGAGAUUUUAGACAUGGAAAGGUGUAAAUUAAGAAAGCUUCCUAAGGCAACAGGGAUGUUGGAGAAGCUUGAAGAAUUAUUCGCUAUGCAUUGCAAAUUUUUGGAGGGAGAAAUUCCGACGGAAAUUGGGGCACUAUCAUCUCUGAAAAUCUUAAACUUGAUGGGAACCUAUAUUUCUGAAGUGCCACCAAGUAUUAGUUGGCUUUCUCAACUUACGAGUUUGGAUUUGCGUUAUUGUGAGGAGCUUCGACAACUGCCAAAGCUUCCUACAAGGUUGGCAUAUUUGGUCAUUUCGUCAUCAACAUUACAGAGGAUACCGGAUCUGUCAAACCUGACCAACUUAAGUUUUCUGCAUUUAUCCGAUUAUGGUCGUCGUAGAUAUGUUAAUAUGCCUCGUGCACCACUAACCGCAUGCCAAGCUCAAGAUUUGCAAUGUAUUGGGAGGUUAACUAGGUUGUCAGCGUUGACAUUGGACCUUUAGACACGACCGCGUUGCCGGCUGACUUUGCAAAUACCCUUACGGAACUCAGCCAUCUCGACUUACCAGGCUCCACCUUUCAAUCUCUCGAGUGGACUCCACCCAAACUUCAGGGGUUGGGUUUCUUUGAUCUUGAGUCCACAGAUGGAUGGUCAAACCUUCACACCUUCAAAUGUUUGUAUAGACUAGAAAUAUGCAGGUCGUGCUUAACCGAAAUUCCACUGGAUGUGCUUGGACAGCUGGAGAACCUUCGCUUUUUGCAUAUAUUGGAAUGCCAAUUCCUUGAGAGACUAUCCCAUUCACCAAGCUUAAGAAAGCCAUGGGUUUGACUGUUUAUGAGUGCCCACGGCUAAUUGAGAUUUAAGGUCUCGAACAAUCAGAAUCAUUGGAAGAAUUAUUUAUUAGUUACUGUCUGUCCUUAAAAGAGUUACCAGAUCU